AUGGCCACGAUGCUCAAUGGAACGGCCAUCAUGGACGGGGCCUGUCUUCUGAUUGCAGCAAAUGAGCCAUGUCCACAGCCACAGACAGUGGAGCACCUGUUUGCCCUAGAAAUAAUGGACCUGACUAACAUCGUGGUUCUCCAGAACAAAAUAGACCUGAUUACGAAGGAGCAGUCGUUUGAGCAGUACAAGCAGAUCAAGGACUUCCUGAACAACACCAGAAUCAAGGCGCCAAUUGUGCCCAUAUCGGNACUCGUGAGACACAUUUCAUUCGUAGACUGUCCAGGACACGACAUUCUCAUGGCCACGAUGCUCAAUGGAACGGCCAUCAUGGACGGGGCCUGUCUUCUGAUUGCAGCAAAUGAGCCAUGUCCACAGCCACAGACAGUGGAGCACCUGUUUGCCCUAGAAAUAAUGGACCUGACUAACAUCGUGGUUCUCCAGAACAAAAUAGACCUGAUUACGAAGGAGCAGUCGUUUGAGCAGUACAAGCAGAUCAAGGACUUCCUGAACAACACCAGAAUCAAGGCGCCAAUUGUGCCCAUAUCGGGGCAGCUGCGAGUGAACAUAGACGCCGUACUCGACUACCUGGUGAACUACAUCAAGAUGCCAGCACGAAACUUGGAUGAAAACCCAAAAAUGGUCAUAAUCAGGUCAUUUGACGUAAACAAGCCUGGGACGAAGCACAGGAAGCUGGCAGGCGCAAUAAUAGGCGGGUCGAUUGUGACUGGGACCGUGAAGGUGGGAGACGCAAUCGAAAUACGACCAGGGCAGAUUCGAGUCACCAGCAACGGGUUUGCGUGCAUGCCCUACGUGACAAGGGUGACGUCACUUCAUGCAGAACGAACAAAAUUGGAUGAAGCAAUUCCAGGGGGACUAAUUGGACUAGGAACAGAUUUGGAUCCAUUUGUGAGCAAAUCAGACAAGCUGGUUGGGAUGGUGAUGGGGAUGCAUGGGAAGAUGCCACCAGUCUACUACUCCAUCAAGGUGAAGUAUCGGCUGUUUGAGAAGACGGCCACGACCAAGAAGAAGGAGAUUGAGAAGGACGAGCAGAUUCUGCUGAACAUCUCAAGCACGUCCACUGGUUGCAGAAUAGUCGAAAUCAAUGCCGAAUUCGGCCAAUUCGAGCUGCUUAAGCCCUGUUGCGUUGCAAAGGGCGAGAGAGUGGCCAUAUCGAGGAAAGUCAAGGGAAACUGGCGACUCGUAGGCCACGGAACCAUCAUCGAUGGCUCUGAGGCCGAAUUGGACUACUCGUAG